UUUACGGUCGUGCUCCGAGGUCGCUUGUGUAAAAUAAUUGAAAUAAAUAGUAAAUAAAAAAUGCAAUGCUUGGUGCAUUAUAGAAUGUGAAAUGCUGCAGUGUGGCGCGAGUUGGAGCGUGCGUGCGAGUGUGUGUAAUUUAGCAAUUCCAAGUGGGACGAUGUAAUUGUAAAUAGAAGAGCCAAAGUACAAACAAAAGUUUCUAUAGUUAUUUAAGCACAAAGUGUAUUUGAGAUACAAGCAAGCAAUAAGAGAGUAACAAAUGAGCACAACGGAUUUGGAAGCGUGUGCUCUGCUGGCCGGCGAAACUGUGGACACUGCUGCUGCUGCCAGCGCUGCUGAAGAUUUGCCCAGGACACGCAGCAAGCCACGUAUAGGCAUCAAUUUAAAUUCGAAACGCAGACGCAAUCGAAUGUCUCGACGCGCGAAUCUCAUUGGCAUCUGUGGCGUAAGCAGCUUGUGUAUACUGCUGCUCAUAGCGACAACACAGCAUCGUCCACUAACCUCGCCUUUUGGCAGCGGGGGCAGCAACAGCGGAAGCUCUGCCGGUGGUGUCGCCUCCAAUCUGCUGGCCAACAAUCUGGCACGCAAUGGCGGGUACUACGAGCGCCAGCCAUCUCAGACACAGGCCACCAUAUACAAUUUGACAGCAACCAUUGGCGAUGUGCUGGCGGCGCAGCGAGCUCGCAUAUUCACCGAAAUGGAAAACUUUGAGUAUCCGCGUGGCGGCGCCGAGAAGCUCAAUGACUUGACACCCGAUACGGGUGGAACGCCAGUGCGCAGCAUUGUGGUGACCAGCUGGCGUUCGGGCUCCACUUUUCUGGGCGAUAUACUCAACGCCAUGCCGGGCAACUUUUAUCACUACGAACCGCUGCUGGACUUUGGCAUUAAACAAAUUCGUGAUAACGAUGAUCAGCGCCAGGCCAUACAGAAUCUGAAAAAUCUGCUCAAUUGUGAUUAUGGCGAUAUGACUGAUUACCUGGAGUACGGCAAGACACACACCUAUCUAUUUGAGCACAAUGUACGGCUGUGGGACGUGUGUCGUGAUUAUCCGCGUUUCUGCUGGCGUCCCGCCUUCCUAACGCCCUUCUGUCGUCUGUUUCCCAUACAAAGCAUGAAGACGGUGCGUUUGCGUUUGGCCCAAGCCGAGGAAUUGCUGCAAGACCAAAGUCUAUCCAAUUUGCGCAUUGUGCUGCUGGUGCGAGAUCCACGAGGCACAAUGCAAUCGCGACGUCAUCGUGUCUGGUGCGGAGGCAAUGAGGAUUGUGAGAAUCCAAGCUUGGUCUGUCAGGAUCUGGUGGAUGACUAUAAUACAGCCGAGAAGCUGCUCAAGUUAUAUCCAACGCGCUUCAGAACUCUGCGCUAUGAGGACUUGUCUUUGAAUCCCUAUGAUAUGACACAGGAGAUUUUGCAAUUUUAUGGACUGCCCUUUGAUUCGGCUGUGGAAGAGUUUCUCGACUCGCAUACCAAAGUGAACAUGGGCGGUGUUAGUUCCACAUAUCGUGAUUCCAGAUCGGCGCCCUUCCAUUGGAAGCAAGAUCUCAAGCCAGAGGAGAUCAAACAAAUUCAGGAUGUCUGCGUGGAGGCCAUGGAUCUUUGGGGCUAUCGCCGCAUGGGCAACUUGAGCAGCUUUGCCAAUCUGCAGCAGAACUUUGAUCCAAUUGUAUUGCCGCCGCCGUUUACGUGAAGAGCGCGUCAUGUGAUGAGCUCUCACAUAUAAACACAUAAACUGAUAAAGAUAACUAAUUCUUCUACUUGGUACAUUUUGUUGUGAUAUCGUCGUGUUGAACGAACAAAAAGAAAACAAAAAAGAUUUUUGAAAGCAUUAAUUAACUGAAAGAUCAAUUUAUAUAAGGCUAUGGCAGUAGCUGGCACAGUUUUUCUUUGCUAAACACGCAAACCACACUUACUGAGCAAUAGUUAAUGAUAUACCAUAUAUAUACGUUACUAUUACAAUAUACAAUAUACGAUAUACAAUAUGUAUGGAUGUAUGAAUGUAUGUAUGAUUACGAUAUAAUGGCAUAAUUUUAGUAAUUGGCGAAUUUUGUGUAGAGCGUAAAAAUCGAAUAUCACAUUUAUAUUAUACAUAUAUUUAGGUCUAGCAUCUUAAGCAAUAACAAAUAACUGAUAUACUGAGAAAUUAGUCUAAAUAUUUAGAUAAGAACACAAGCUGGCAUUACAUACUCUUAACUUGGCUUCUAAAUUUAGUCCACACAUAUUUUUGUAAUUUAUUUUGGCUUGAGAAAUUCAAUUCACAAAAAAAAUCCAGUGAUUUAGCAACUAUUACAAACAAAAACGUAUCAAAAUCAAAUUUAGACAAACUUACUAUGCAAAAUCAAACAAAAAUCUGUUGUGCAAUAAAAAAAAAAAAAAAAAACGAAAGACAGAAAUUGCAAAAAUCUUGGCUUAGCGAAAUUAUUGUUAACGAGUAUUUACAUGGAUACAUGAUUACAAAUGUAAGCGCAAUGAUGAGCAUUCAACUCCAAAACCUUAGUUUAGUCCUAUUGUUAGUCUGCAAGCAUUAUUUUAAUAAAAUAUGUAGCAUUAUAUUGAAAUCGAGCUUAAAUGCUCGCCUAAGUUGUUGUAAUUUGUAAUUAAAAUGUAAUAUAUAUAGAUUAUAUACUAUUUUCCUUAGUUUUAAACUUAUUUGAAAGUGUUUCAAAAGCAAAUUGCGUACAGCCCAGUUAUGUGCGGUGAACUACUAAUGCUUAAAGUACAUUUAAAACCAGUUAGGUAAUUGCAUACAUACAAUUUGGCAAUAUUUGCAUUUUAAAUACAACAAAUUAAAUAA